CUUAUCCCGGGGACCCGAGCCCCUCUUUUCCUCUUGGCAGGCAUGGGAGCUGCCGGGGGCCAGAGCUCCGGGCCGGCGCCAUGGCAACCGGAAGAACCGCGCCGUGCCAGACCGGCCUCGGGACCCCUCCAGCAUCCGGACCGCGCCGCUCCUGCUGAACGGGCACCAAAUAACGUCGAAAAUGGUCAAAGUCCAGCCGAGCCCAGACUCUGACGAGGAGGCGGUCGACGCUGAGCCCCCCCCCAAGGAGGAAGGCAGGGAAAAGCCCCCCAGGAAAAUUGACACCUUGAGGGAUCCGCCCAGAAAGCGCAUCGUGAUGUACGGCCAGGAUUUUGUUCUGCCUAGUAAGUGGCGGCUGGUGUCCUUGAUCCUGGGGAUCGGCUGCCUCAUCUUGUUCAUUGGGCUUGUGGGCUUGCUCGGCAACUACGCCAACAUUUCCAUCUUGAGGAACAAAAAGAUGGAAAGCCACCAAGACCAGAAUGAGAAACUCAAGCUAGCGGUGAAGCAGCUGGCAGCUGGCCGAGGCAGCCAAUGCGAUCCAUGCCUGGAGGACUGGAUCCAGCGAGGUGACACCUGCUACUUCAUGACUGAUGAGCUGACAACCUGGGCCGAAUGCGUCUACAUUUGCAAGAAAAAAGGAGGCAGGCUUGCAAAGCUGGAGACUCAGGCCAAAGUGAUGUUCUUCCGAAUUCAAAUGCGUCAAAAGUUUGAGAUCGUCGACCGAUUCUACCUCAAGUAUUUCCGUUACUGGGUCGGCUUGGCCUACAACACUCUCCUCCGCAAGUGGAUCUGGAUUGAUGGGUCCGAUUUCGAGCAGCUGGUGUAUUCGGAAAAAACCAAGACCUACAAAACGGGCUGCGGCUUAUUCCUCGGCAUGAUCUUCCAGAUGAAGGAAUGCAGCCUGCGGUACCGCUGCAUCUGCGAGAAGAUCAACGACUGACCUGGGCUUUGCAAAGUCCCCCACAGAGAAGCGCGUGCCCCCUUCUGCUCCCCCCACCCCGGGAAAUUCGACAGAGUUUUAUGAACCCAAGCAUUA